AUGGAGCAGGAGAGCGAGAAAGACCAGGCCAGAGGCGACGCGGAAGGCCAAGCCCAAGGCCAAGCUCGGGCAGAGGCGGCAGAGCAGGCGGUGCUGCAAACGGCGCCCCACAAGGGAACCUGCGACGCGCUCUACUUCUCAGCUGAUAGAAGUCGGCUUCUCACCGCAGGAGCUGAUGGCCGACUGGCGUGUCUCGAGACAAGGGAGACAGAGACCUCCAUGAGCAGAAGUUGGGCGCAGAAGAUCACACACAGCCUGAGGGUGACUGCAGCUGCUGUUUCCAGCGAUGCACGAAUGUUGGCUGUUGCAGAAGAGACCGCCUCUGGAUUUCAGGCAUGGGUCCAUCUGCUAGAUGCUAAGGGGCGCAUUGUUCAAGGACAGAAGCCCCGAAUUGCGGGCAGAUUUACUUUAGACAUCCGUCACUUGUCGUGGCACCCCAGCUUGCCAUACCUUUGUAUUGCGACCGACGACGGCAAGGUUGACAUCUGGCAUGAGAGCAAAGGCCGCAAGCAACUCUUCAAGGGCGGAGGCGGCGGAGGCCCUGGCGCUGCGGGCGGUGUCCGCUGUGCCUGCUUAGACGACAAGGCCGAGAAGAUCGCCGCGGCCUUCGCUUCAGGAGACCUGGCUGUGGUGGAUGUGGAGACCUCCAAAGAGCAGUUUCGCUCCAAGCUUUGGCCCAAGAGUGUGAGCGGCUCGGAGCGGCUUUCCAUGGCAUGGGCUCCCAACGGCAGCUACCUUGCACUUCCGGGGGAGCAGUCUGUCCGGCUCAUGCCGAGAGAUUUCAGCAAGGAGAUGGUGCAGCUGGAAGGUGGCCACCGCUUCUCUACGACAAUCGCGUCUUGGUCUCCAUCGGGGCAUGUGCUGGUCAGUGCAUCUGCAGAGGCGGUGGCAGUGUGGGCACAUCAACGCCUACAUCGAAUCAUCCGCUUCGCCGUGGAGCCAUCCAGCAUUGCGUGGGGGGGCUGCGACUUCGUCGCGGUGGGAACGCAGGCAGGUCAUUUCGCCCUGCUGCAGGUGCUGGUUGAGGCUCCGGCAGACAAAGACCGCACCGCCGCGCCGGUGGAUUCCCAGGACGCCAGGGACUCUCAAGUCUCCCAAGAAACGCUACCGAGCGCCCCGAGCCCCAGCACGGAGGACACAAGCGAGCAGGCAGAGGCACAGCAGGGCCAGCAGGGAGUACAAAAGGCGACGGAAGCCAAGGAAGCUCCGAAGCAGCAGCGGUUUCAGCCCGGGGCCACGCUCAAGGGUCGUCGGCGCUUCCUUGCUUGGAACGGUUGCGGCUCACUGAAGCUGAUGCUCCCAGCAUCGCGGUUGGGCACGCGACCCCAAGGGGCCCAAGUGGAGGUGGACCACCACAGCUGGAGGGACCCGACAAGCGUUCGCAGCUUCAAGAUUGAGGAGAAUGUGGAAUUGGGUGCGAUCGGUCCAAAUCUCUUCGCCCUCGGGAGCAACGCGUGUGGCAACUCUACAAUCGCAGUUCAUGUGGCCAGUCCCUGGCAGCAGGCCUCCUUCCGGUGCACACUGGCACUCGACGAACGUGCAGAAGCGUUGGCGAUCAGCAGUAGCUUCGUAGCAAUCGUCGUAUCCCCGCAGCGCUACUUGCGAAUCUUCACGCCGAGCUUCGUUCCGAUCGGAGUUCUUUCGUUGGCUGGUGACAUCGUCUCGAUGGUAGCUCACGGGGAUUUGCUGCUCGUCGUUUUUCAACCAAAGCCGAAACGCGAGCCCAAUCUUCGCUUCAUGCUGCUGAAUGUUGACAGAAAGGAGAGGAUGGAGGCUGGGCAGUUGCCGCUGUCAGAGCGUUCCACGCUGAAGUGGAUUGGCUUCAGCGCAGAGGCGCAAGCCCUUAGCCUGGACUCCAAGGGGGUUCUGCGCAUGCUGUGUCUGCAUGGUGCUGGGGAGAACUUCGGUGGCGGCUGGAUCCCCGUGGCAGAGCUACAGAAGCUAUGGCCGGUUCAGGCCGAAGAGGGAGCCUUGAGUUGCGUGGAAGCUGAGCCGAAGCCGGGUCCGAGCUAUCGCUUCCAGAAGGUUCCUUUCAAGCUUCCUUGCGAUGGUCCCGCGGAGACGUUCUUGCGGCAGAGCUUGCUGGCCGCGCAUCGGGCCCAGGCCACGGCCUGUGGCCUCCUGCCUUCUAAGGAUUCCAAGGCCAUGGCCAAGCAGAAGAAGCGAUGUGCAGGAGCAAGCCCCAACUCGGCGCUGAAUCUGCUCCGGAUCUUCCUUGAGUCCAAGGAGGAAGAGCUGGCCAUGGACGUGGUAGCAGAGUUUCUGUCCAGGGAGAGCAGCAAGGCCUCGGAGCUGGAGGAGGCCAAGGCCGCCGCGUCGGCAGCCAAGCUCGAGAACCUCGCGGCCCAGCUCGCAAAGCUCGCCCAGCUUGCGAGCGGGCAACCCGCCCUCAAGGCCCGAAAGCUCUGA